CAUUUUGCUUGUUAUACCAUAUGUACAAUGUGAAUUUUGUAGCUUUUUUUUAAUGGGAAGAAUUGAUUAUUCUCAUGCAUGACUUAGAGUAUAUUGACUAAUUUACGUUUGGAUGAAAAGAAUUUUGAAAAAAAUAAUAAAAAAAUAGAAAAACAAAAUUUCACAUUUGAUUUAAAAGAAAAAUUAAGAAAAUAAUAUUUCAUAUUUGACUAAUAAAUCUUGCAUUAGACGUGGUUCUUGGAAGAAAAUAAUAAUAAUAAUAAAAAAAAAAAAAGAAAAAGAAAGAGGAAAAAAAAAAAAAAGAAGAAGAGGAGAUCAAAACAUUGAAAUUUGCGGGUUAUUUAAACCAAAAAAUAGUAAAAUUUGCGGGUACUGUGGAAAGUGUUUCUGACGCGCGCGUGUGAGCGUGCAAAUUGUCUUCCUCUCUCUGGCAUAACUCCCGCCUCCAUGCAAAUCCGCACAAACGCCUCUUCUCUCUCUCUACACUAUUCAAUCCAUUCUCCUCUAGUAAUCCCUAUCUACAAAUUUUUCCAUUCCUCUCUCUCUCCUUAAUUACUCUCUUUUCAAUUCCUCCCCAGAAAGGAAAAAGUAAAAAUCUGUCCGUUUAGGAACGCAUUUGUUUGGUGUAAUUUCUCAACAAAGGAGGAAACGAAACUUUUCUCUCUGUGUUUUGAAGUAGAGAAUCAAAUACCCCAAACGAAAACGCCAAUUGGUUUUUCAUCUCUCUAAACACUUUCUCUCUCUACAAGUAUACAUUGUGUAAGCAUUUCGGUGGUGCUGCAUCGUCAUCGUUUUGGUAAUGGAGGUUCCUUCGACGGUCCCCGCCGUUCCGGCGUCGCUGUACGUCGGGGACCUCCACCACGACGUAACCGAUGGCCAGCUCUUCGACGCAUUCUCCGAGUUCAAGAGCCUUGCUUCCGUGCGCAUCUGCCGUGACUCGUCGACCGGUCGCUCCCUCUGUUAUGGCUACGUCAACUUCAUCUCUCCUGAAGACGCGAUUCAUGCAAUUGAGGCCAAGAAUCACACUAUUCUGAAUGGAAAAGUGAUAAGGGUUACGUGGUCACAUCGUGAUCCUGAUUCGAGGAAGAGUGGAAUUGGAAAUGUGUUUGUCAAGAAUAUAAGUGAAUCAAUUGAUAAUGGGAAGCUUCAAGAAAUGUUUCAGAAAUAUGGGAACAUCUUAUCUUGCAAAAUUGUCAUGUCCGAGGAUGGGAAGAGCAAAGGAUAUGGUUUUGUCCAGUUUGAGUCUGAGGAAUCUGCAACUGAUGCCAUUGAGAAGCUUAAUGGCUCAACUGCUGAAGGCAAGCAGAUGUAUGUUGGUAAGUUUGUGAAAAAAAAUGAUCGGGUUUUACCAAGUCCCGAUGCUAAAUUUACAAAUCUAUACAUGAAGAAUUUGGAUCCAGAUGUCUCAGAAGAACUUCUUAGGGGGAAGUUCUCUGAGUUUGGGAAAGUUCUUAGCUUGAUUGUAUCAAAGGACGAGAAUGGGGCCUCAAAAGGAUUUGGAUUUGUGAACUUUGAUAGCCCAGAUGAUGCCAGAAGGGCAAUGGAAGCUAUGAAUGAAUCACAGCUUGGCUCCAAGGUUCUGUACGUAGCUAGGGCACAGAAGAAAGCAGAGCGUGAGCAGAUUUUGCGUCAUCAGUUUGAGGAGAAACGGAAGGAGCAAAUUUUGAAAUACCAGGGUUCAAACAUUUAUGUCAAGAAUAUUGAUGAUGCUGUCACUGAUGAUGAGCUACGAGAACACUUCAGUCAGUGUGGCACAAUCACUUCUGCGAAACUUAUGCUAGAUGACAAAGGAGUGAGUAAGGGGUUUGGAUUUGUUUGCUUUUCUACACCCGAGGAGGCCAAUGAAGCUGUGAACACUUUUCAUGGAUACAUGUUUCACCAAAAGCCGCUAUAUGUGGCUAUUGCUCAAAGGAAAGAGGACAGGCAAGCCCAGUUACAGCUUCAGUAUGCGCAGCUAAUGGCAGGACUUGCGGCUUCUUCUGCUGUUAUUCCUGGGGGAUAUCAUCCUCUUUAUUACACAGCUCCUCCUGGGGUUGUUUCACAAAUACCUCCACGACCAGGGCUUAUGUAUCAGCCUCUGGGGUUGAGGCCAGUAUGGAGGGCUAAUGGUUUUGCACCUCCAACCCGACCGGGUUUUCAACAGUCUCCGCUUCCCAUGAUUUCUAAUGCUCCAAGACAACAUAGGCAAAGCAGAGGCCGGAUGAAUGGACAUAUACUUUCACAGGGUGCUGGUCGCACUGUUUCAUAUGUGCCGCAUUUGCAACAGCACCCUCAAUCAAAAGAUUCAAGCAAUCCACAGCGGGCUGGGCAGGCUAGGAAUGCGACACACGGGCGUCCACGUGACAUAAAUAAAGGAUCUGGAGCCUCAUUGGCUGCUUCCAGUUCUUUUGGAUCAGGUUCCGAGGGAUCAGAGAUGUUGAGCAGCAAGCUUGCUGCUGCUUCCCCCGAGCAGCAGAAACAGAUACUAGGGGAGCGCCUCUACCCCCUCGUCCAGAAUCACAAGCCUGAUCUUGCUGCAAAGAUAACCGGAAUGCUUCUGGAGAUGGACAACUCAGAACUGCUUCUGUUGUUGGAGUCACCGGAGUCACUAGCUGGCAAGGUAGAAGAAGCUGUUCAGGUACUCAAGCUUUCCAAUGCCAAAGUAUCAGGUCAAGAUGCACUUCAUUCUAGUUACCUAUCGGCCGAGGUUGCAGUAAACUGAAAAAGGAAGCUGUCCAAGAAUAUUUAAUUUUUUUUCCAAAGACAAGAGGGUCACUCCACCGAUCUGGUUUCAAGUGAGCAUGAUUUUUGAUAGAUACCAUCAGCGAACCAUCUGAGAUUCUCUGGCUUUUAAAAUUUAUGCUUUUUAGUCUUUAUUUAUGGUAUAGAAUAUUUCUAACUUUAAACAUCUGGUAUUUCCUUGCUAUUUAUGGAUCUGACUUUAGAACUUGAGGUUUUGUCAAUUUCUGAACAUUAGUUGAAAAUUUCUGAACAUCUUCAAGUUAAGCUCGAAAUCGAACACACAAAAAGGAAAGAAUUGACGUGUUAAGCUUCAAAUCCAACAAGCACAGUCAUCUGGGGAUCUGGGAGGUAAGUCCCUUCGUAUAGCUGCAAAUUGCAGGUUCAGUUUAUGAACUGCUUCUUAUGCUGAGGUCCCUCGACCCAGGAAGCUUUUUAUCGGCACUGCUGCAGACUAUGUUGUGAUAAUGGUUCACUAUUCACUAUAAAAAUUGGUUUUCAUAUUUCUGGUAUAUGUGGUGUAAAUAUGGACAAAAAUAUUUCUCUCUCU